GGGGGGGGGGGAAACGCUGAAAGAAAGCCGUUGCCGCGCGCCCAACCCUAACCCCUUCUCCCGAGGCUUUCCCCGGAAUGAAGUUGAAUCAAAGGGGACUACAGAGCUGGGCAUCUUUCCAACCCCGUCCGUCAUAUUACCUUCAUAUCUCGCUACCACGGGAUGAAAUCCCCGGGGGGCCUGCAUCCCGAACCUCCCCCAUCGCCCCCGGCCCUCUACCAUGGGCUUCUCAAGUUGCAGGACCUGACCCCUCCUUGGGUUUUCCAAAUGCCAAAUCUCCCAUCCCCCCCGUUGCUGCCCGUUCGUGUAAGCCCGGUACGAGCCCGAACCCGAACCCGAACCUGCCGCCACUCCAGGUGGUUCGGGGGGCAGAACGACAACAGCAACGAACCCUACCGGAACACCAUGCAAUGAGCUUCACGGGGACUCUUCCCGGACGAGCGGGCUCUCUCCCGACGCCAAACAAGCCGCUUUGGCUCGGGGGAUAUCAAACGAUCACCAUCCCUCCGUUGCCAACUUUUUGGGUAACAAUACGGACGUUAUCGGAGUAAAGGCAACAUACCAAACCCUCUACGGUCCGUCUAUAGUCCUUGUGUGCCUAAGAUACUUGCUUA